CUCCAUCUCUCUAAUUCCUACGUGAAUCUGUCUCGCAGAGGGCAGAAACUGGUGGAAUUCAAUUUCUGAGGAACAAGGCGUAGAACACAUUUUGAAUGUAGUUCCAAUCGUUUUGGAUUCGUCUCAUUUUCUGGCUCCGUGGAAACAAAAAUGGAGGAAACUUUCUUCGAUCUUGUGGAGUUUCUGAAGAAACCCUCAAUCGCGGAAACAUUCGUCGACAUUUUGCUAUGCGCAGUUCCGAUCUGGCUCGCGGUCAUGAUCGGCUUGGUCAUCGGCUGGUCAUGGCGGCCUCGGUGGACCGGAUUGCUUUUCCUUGGCUUUCGGAGCAAGUUCAGAAUAUUAUGGACUGCUCCCCCGGGGUUUGGAGCUCGGCGCCUCUGGUUGGCCUUCACGGCUCUCUCUGCCUUCUCCGUCUGCCGUACUCUUUGGUCCAAUUUUAAUGGGAAGAGGAAAGCGAUACCCGCACCGCCGACCCCGGAUUCUCCGGCGGAAUCCAUGUCAAUGCACUCGGCUGAAGGAAACGGGGACACAAUUGCCAAUACAGAUGUGGAAAAGGAGCAGGAUACUGUUACGGAGAAGGAUUUAGAUCAUCUAUUGCAACUUCUUGAAGGAAGAGAUGGAGAGGCAGAAUGGCAACAUAUGAUGCAAAGGUCCACCCCAAAUUUCGGAUAUCAAGCUUGGCGCCUUGAGCCUGAGAACAGACCAACAAUUUAUCGUAGCAGAACUGUCUUUGAGGAUGCAACCCCAGAGAUGGUUAGAGAUUUUUUCUGGGAUGAUGAGUUUCGGACUAAAUGGGAUCCCAUGCUUACGUAUUUCAAAAUAUUGGAUGAAUGCCCUCAUACAGGGACCAUGAUUGUUCACUGGAUUAAGAAGUUUCCCUUUUUCUGCAGUGAUAGAGAAUAUGUCAUGGGUCGUAGAAUAUGGGAGGCUGCAAAGGCUUACUAUUGCGUAACAAAGGGCGUGCAAUAUCCAAGCUUACCCAGACGUGAUAARCCUAGGCGUGUAGAUCUUUGUUUUUCAAGUUGGAUCAUCAGGGCAGUGGAGUCUCGUAAAGGAGAUGGAUUAUGGUCUGCUUGUGAGGUCAUCCUUGUGCAUUACGAGGAUAUGGGAAUUCCCAAGGAUGUGGCUAAGUUGGGAGUCCGUCAUGGAAUGUGGGGAACUGUCAAGAAGUUGCACUCUGGUUUCAGAGCAUACCAGAAUGCUAGGAAAUCAGAUAUUUCUGUUUCCAGAAGUGCACUGAUGGCGAGAAUCACCACAAAAAUAUCUUUUGACAGAAGCACGGAUUCCUCGGAUCCAGAAUCUGGUGAAGUACGAACUCUAGUAAUGAAGAGAAAGCACCAAAAAGAUUCUGGCAUAGAUUGGAAGUGGAUACUCAUUGGUGGGACUGUGGCUGUGGUCUGUGGACUUCGAACAGGUGCCAUUGGGAAGGCAAUGCUACUUGGGGCAGGACAGAGAAUGGCCCGAAGGUGAGAGAUAUUUAAACUAGGCAUUGUAUUACUAUGCAUUUUGAAGCUCGAGAUGUCUCUUAUUAAUAGUCCGACAUAUCAAAUCAACCAUUAUUGAGAUUAACAUGUGACCCAUUUUUAUGAAUGGCUGUGAUAGAGUAAGCCUCCCCCAUGUACAACCUUCUGUAUUUCUGACCUCCCAGUCCCAGAUUUUAURUGUCUCUGUUGCUGAAAUGAUUUAGUAUAUGAAGUUAUAAUGGAACUCAAUAGAGAUUUGAGCCACCCUUUCUCUUCUUGAACUUGAUUAUGAUAGGGACUUGAGAUAUUUCCUUGAGAAUCAAUUAGCUCUGCUCUGGUGGAUAUGUAAAUUAAUGGGGAGGUUUGUUAAUGUAUUAAUACCUAUAAUGAAGUUUGAUGAACACCCAGUUUAUUUGUUCUUC